UUUGGCACCUCACCAAAAAUCCACAGGGAUGGACACUAAACUGAGCACCCUCGACCAAAACUGACAAAGAAAAAUUGGCAUUUCGGUAUCUUGGGAUAACUACCAGACACGCUAGUGCAUGGUGACUCGUUGUACUAGUCAGCGUGGUUGCCAAGUUGUUUUGCAAGGUUAAGUAAACUACAGUUUUGUCACUACAUCGGAGACCAGUUAGCUUUGCCCCCGGAGUGCACAGCUAGCUGUAAGUCUCGACCCACAACACGUUACAAACACGGCGUACAGGACGUAUUCAGAGCCCGCUCCCGGCCAGACGCACCGGCUCAAUAACACCGUCAUGGGAGUCCAGGGCUUUCAGGAGUACUUAGAGAAGCGGUGUCCCGGGGCCACGGUCCCCGUGGACCUCCUCAAACUUGCCCGUACCGCGGCCCGCCAGCCCCCUCACCAUCAUCACCCACACCACCACCCACAUCACCCCGGGCCCAUGCCUCCCCCGCCCCCGCCUGCCAGGAUCCUAAUCGACGCUGAUUCCGGCCUGCAGCGCCUGUACGGCGGCUACCAAACGGACUGGGUGUGCGGAGGCGAGUGGAACGCCAUGCUGGGAUACCUGGCCGCCCUGUCGCAGGCCUGCUUGUACCAGGGUGGCCUGGAGCUGGUCGUGGUUUUCAACGGCACCCUGGGGAAGGAGCGCUGGCCCGAGUGGGCGCGGCGAGCUCAGAGCCAGCGACAGACGGCGCAGCUGAUAGUCAACCACGUCGGCAGCAAGGCCACCCCGCCUCCCCGGGCAUGGUUCCUGCCCCCGGCCUGCCUCAGCCACUGUGUCCGCCUCGCCAUGUUCCGCUUCCGAGUGCGGGUUGUACAGACUUUGGAGGACCACCACCAGGAAGUGCUCUCUCUCUACAGAGACUAUGGAUUUGCUGGCCUGAUCGCUCAGGAUUCAGAGUUUGCCCUCUGCAACGUCCCCGCCUACUUCUCCUCACAUGCGCUCAAACUGAGCUGGAAUGGCAAGAACCUGACCACACACCAGUAUCUGCUGUCCGAGGCUGCCAGGCAGCUCGGGCUCAAGACACAACACCUGCCCUGCUUUGCUGCUCUGCUGGGAAAUCAUAUUUUGCCUGAUGAGGACCUGGCUGCCUUCCACUGGAGUCUGCUGGGACCAGAACACCCACUAGCCUCCCUCAAGGUGCGAGCCCAUCAGUUGGUGCUGCCGCCCUGUGAGGUGGUGAUCAAAGCCGUCUCAGAGUACGUCGCCUCCAUCAAAGACCUGGGAAACCUCGACGCCAUCGCCAGAGAUGUCUUCAAACAGUCACAGUCUCGUAUGGAGGACAAGGUGGAGCGAUUCAAGAAAGCUGUGGAGUAUUUCUCAGCUGCCUCCAAACCCCGCUCACCUAACAUGGGGCCCUCCUCUUUCAUUUUACCUGGGUUUGGACCCACUCCAUUUGGGGGACCACAUGGUCACAUGGGACCGAUGCAGCCUGGAAAGAAUCAGUUCCCUCCCCCCCAGGUCCCGGGGUUAAAGCCACCCUAUCAAAAUGCUCCAUAUGGACCUGGCUCCGCCACUCUGUUCCAGACCCCGCAGCCGCCAUCUCAAGACUGCAACGACUCACUGACGGGCAAAAUGGGCUUCUCUGACUGGUCAGCUCCAUAUGAUUCCACUCAGGGGGGAAGUCGACUACCCAAUCAUCACACCGGCGCUCAGUCUGGCCCCUCUCCGUCUCCUUCCUCAUCAUCAGAUGGAGAUGAGCCCAACGACAGCAAUGCCAACCAUUUGACAGACAAGUCCUCUCGGUGGGAGGAUCCCGCUGGAAGAGGGGGCUCCGGCUCUGGAGACGGUUCCCAAGGCAACGGGAGCGGGUCAAACAUUCCGUCACUGUUGUCUAUGGCGACGCGGAGUCACAUGGACAUAACCACACCUCCUCUGCCUCAGGUCAGCGCUGAGGUUCUUCGUGUAGCUGAACACAGACACAGAAGAGGGCUGAUGUACCCCCAGAUUUACCACAUAUUGACCAAGGGAGAGAUGAAGAUGCCAGUGUGUAUAGAGGACGAGUGUAACUCUGAGCUGCCUCCUGCCUCUCUGCUGUUCCGUGCUGCCAGACAGUAUGCCUACGGCGUCCUCUUCAGCCUGGCUGAAACACACCGCCGCCUGGAGAGGCUUGCUCUCCGCAAGAGGGCACCCCUGGAAGUUCCUCCAGUGAUUAUCAAAGAGUGGAGCAGCGGUAAGGCCAAGUCGGCCCUGACGCCAGAGCUGGUUCCCGCCCUGUGUUUCCGAGAGUGGACCUGCCCCAACCUGCGGCGGCUCUGGCUAGGUCGUGCCAGCGAGGACCGCUCCCGGAGAACCAGGGCCUUCCUGGCCUGCCUACGCUCAGACUGCCCAGCCCUCCUCAACCCAGCACAGGUCCCACAGCAUCUGCUGCUCAUGUGCUGCGUGCUCAGGUAUAUGAUGCAGUGGCCUGGAGGAAGGAUCCUUCAGAGACAUGAGCUUGAUGCCUUCCUGGCUCAAGCUGUUUCCAGCCAGCUCUAUGAGCCUGACCAGCUACAGGAGCUCAAGGUGGAGAAGGUGGAUGCCCGCGGCGUGCAGCUGGCCGCUCUCUUUAUGGCCGGCGUCGAUACGGCGCUGUUCAUCAACGAUGUCUGCGGUCAGCCGUUGCCGUGGGAACACUGCUGCCCCUGGGGCUUCUUCGACGGCAAACUGUUCCAGAGCAAACUGGCCCGAGCCGCCCGCGACCGAGCCGCCCUGCUGGACAUGUGUGAGGGGCAGGAGGAGCUGGUGUCCAAGGUCGAGAAGAUGCGCCAGGCGAUCCUCGAGGGCAUCAACCUGUCUCGCCCUCCUCCUCCUCCACCUCCUCUUCCACCUCCUGCCUUCCUUCCCCCUGCCAUGGUGCCCCCUUUCUAUCCCAUGCCUCCUCUCUACCCACCUCGUCCCAUGGGCGGCAUGCCCCCACAUCACCCGCAUCAUCCACAUCACCCGGCCCAGCACAGACCCAGAGGUUUCCCAGGCAUUCAGUCCAUCCCCCCUCAGGGAGGGAAACUGGAGAUAGCUGGCAUGGUGGUUGGUCAGUGGGCUGGCAACAAACCAGUCCGUGGGAGAGGGGGCUUGAACAUGCAGGUGGUGUCAGUGGGAACCGGGAAAGGGAGGGGUAAAGAGACUCCAUCAAAAUUAAGGGGAGGGAAGAAGCCAACUGCCAACAGAACACAGACGUCAUCCCCCCCAUCCAGCAGUCCCCCAAAGCCCUCAGAGGAGGCGGGCUCCACGCCAGAGGUUGCCUCUCAGCAGCUGAACGGCAGCUCAGCAGCCUCCGCCAUUGGCCAGCCCUUGGAGCUGGCCCCCCUGGCCCAGCCAACCCCGUGUGCCUUAGCCAGCAGAGACAACCAAUCAGAGGGGGUGGAAGUGGAGGCCCCCUGUUGCCUUGACGACUGCCCGUCAGACGGAGCACUACAGAAGGAGGAGUGAUGGCGUCCUUCCCAGGAUGUGCUGCUCUAAGAGAGUUAUCUGUGUUCGACUGCCUUUCCCUGUUUUUGUAGCCCUGUCUGCUAGCUGUGCACAUUUAUCGCACGGCGCAGGAGGUGACGCGAGGCUCCUCCUCGCCUCCUCUGCUGCGCCGUGUGAUUAGCUAAACCAGUUAGCCGUUACCCCCCCCUUAAGUUGUCUCAUAUGGUUUUACAUUGUUUAUGAAGAGAGGUUUUCUCCAUGAGUCCGUAAGCGCCCCACCUGAAAAAAACAAAAAAAAUCCCCCAAAUCCUCCCUUAACCGCACUCAGAGUGAAAUAAGCUUAAAGCCCCGCCCCAUCACGCCUCCCCCACAUCUUUAAACAAUCCCGCCCCCUUUUAUUAGGGCUGUCUGUACAGUCUGAUUAUUUUGUGUUUUUUAAUCAUCCCGUUGUUUGAAUCUCUGCACACAGAUGUUAAGCAUCCGGCGACGGUGACAGGCGGUCGUUGUGUGUCGAUGUGGUUUGUUGCCAUAGCCACCUCACGAGAGGUCAGAUGUUCAGAGUCCGAUUCCUCUGUGCAGCGACCCUCGCCAAACCCCGCUCUGCAGGCAGGCAGGCAGGCAGCGCUGCUAAACACAAUGGUAGCACUCGCGUUAGCAUCAAACCCCGUUUUGUUUUGUUUUUUCUUUUACUGAUUGGUUAAUCUGUCACUGAAGCACUAAUGCACCAUUGCGGCAUUAGUGUGCUAUCUUACUUUGCCCUAUGUAGCAUAGCCUAGUACUUAGCUGUGCUAAGAGAUCCCAUGAAUUUAUGCACCUUAAGCCCUACAGUAUGCAAGAUUUUACCCCACCCCUCCAAAAAAAAAAAAAGUGCAUUAUUAUGUUAUUGUCCCACCCCUCUCCCCUUCCCUUUCUCCCAAAGCUUUGAUUGUACUACCCCAGCAGAAGCACUUAAUGUUGUAUUUAAAUAUAAUGAAUUUAAACGAGCCCCUACACAGUUGAAUUGACAGUCAGUGGGGGGCGUUCCCCACUCCCGAGUAAAUCAUUAUGACACAUAGAUCUAUGUUUGAAGGUAGAGAUCUAUUUGAGAGACGUCAGAAUGUGAACAGAGUGGUUUCAGACAACGAAGCACUUUGUUUUAAAAAAUGUUAAACCACACUGGACAGUCCUCUACUAGGUGAUAAAGAAAUGACAGCCUCUCUGAGGCACCUUCUUCAGUUAAAGGCCAAAAAUAGAAAAAAGAUGGAAAUGAGUGGUGAGGUUUUUGGGUAACUGCUGCCAGGCAGAGUUCCCCUCAGACUGCCCUCAGACAUUCACUUUGCAAAGAAGCUAAAAGGAGUCUUGAUGGUUCACGUCAGCGUACUCCUGGGAAUCAUUUCAGAUUUCUAAACUCUAUUUCCAAAGUGUAUUUUCAUAAGACGUGUGAUAUAAAAGGGGCGUGGCAGCAAAGCCUCAAAGGAUUGAGCAGCUGUUGCCAUUACGAUAGCCCGACACCGAGAGCUGCUGCUCCGCGACGCUCCGGUGUGUCACUUUAGACCAGCAGGAAGCACUUCCCUGCCCCUGAAGCGCCAUCAGCCGAGCACGGCGAGAGCCUUCACGGGCCGGACCACAAUGUCACUUGACAGGGGAGAGGGAGGCCUCACGGCGGACCCUGAGUGUGCCGCUCACAAUCUGAGACUUUUAAGAAAUGUUUUAUUAGAGCAUUUAUGUUUGUAGAGAAUGAAAUGUGUCCCCCCCCCUCACACACACACACACAGAGUAACGUCUCAUCUGACAACAGAAAUACAAGCAUGUACCUUCUUACUGAUUACCAGUAGCACAACUGCAAACGUAAAAGCAGUAGAGCGACAGAUACUGCCUGAGAGACGCUGGCCAUGAUCGUUGUGAUCUCUAUAAACUUGCCGAGAGGCUGAAAUGAACUCGUCACAUGGAAAAAAGGGCAAGUCAGCAAAGAAGCACCUUAUUUUCUUACUAUGUUGGUGACUUGCGCUUCAUCAUGUGCCACAAAAUUGACACGGAAUAAAAGCUCCUAGGAAAUGCCGUUUUUUUUUUUUUUUUUUUUCGUUUUUUUUUUUUUCGUUUUUUUUUGGAAGGAAAGAGAGAACCCUGACUAUAUAUAAAAAUAUAUAUAAGUAAGUGUUAAUGUAGUCGCGUCAGACAUCCCUUCUGUUAUGAACUCAGCCAUUUACAGUGACACGCUGACAGUCGACCCAGCCGUGAGCGUAGGCCUGCGCUCGUUUGGGCCACGCCGCCGUCUCUUACACCAACACCAAAUGAAAUCAAAAAAGGUUCAGACUAGUUAGCCGUUAAUUGGUAGGGAUCUACGAGCACUUUAGGUGUUCUUAGGUUAAGAGUAGGUAAACAGCGUCGGGGCUUAACACAGGACUGUAAAACAGACACCAAGACUAGGCUAGAGAAUAUAGCUCCACUGGCCGAAAUACUAAGUCUAGAUUUACUAGGAGUCAUAUACUUAACUGCUUUCAACUUUUGACAUUAGUACAAAUACAUGUAUUGCAGCAGUACAUUGUUAGAAGAUGGCUUUUUUGCGGCGAGCCAGAGUGUGAUCUGGUAUUCGAUGCCCUCUCUCGAUUCGCUCGCCAGAUAACAGUUACACAAACACACACACACACACACACACUCACACACAUACAUACAUAUAUAUAUAUUCAUAAAACACAAACACACAGACAGGAAUCAGUUGCAUUUGUUACCAGCGGCAUUUUCUCUGCUUUUGUGCUGAAGUGGUUUCUUUUCGUGCAGUUUCAGUUCCCAGUGGAGUGGUCGUCGGUUCAUCGGAGAUCUUUUUUGGUAACACUUUCUACUGACCGCGGGGAAGAGAAAAAAAAGAAAUCCCACGUUCAAGUUUUUGCUGCAUGGACACGGAUUAGAGAAUCGCACACUUUCUCACGCACACGUUUAGAGACGACAAGUUAAUACAUGCACAUAUACAUACAGAUAUAUAGAUGUUAAAUCCUGAGUUACACAGUAGGUAGUUUGGGGAAAAAAAAAAAAAAAAGUCAACACAACAUAUGAUGUAGUGUCCCUCUUUUGUCCUCGUCUGUUUUAGUUCGAUAGGUAUUUGAUCAGUGAUUUUUAUGCUUGUUGUCCUCUAACCCGCCCCUGCUAUGACACUUCUUCUCGCUGUUCAUCCAUUUAUUCUUUUAACCCGCCCUCAAAUUUUCCUCAGCCUCUUUGUAGAGUACGUACAUCCACGAAAACACAUACACAGACACACAGACGCACACUAUAAACCAAGCCCACUGCAUACACGCACAGAUAUUGUACACACAGGUUAAUCCCACCCCCCCCGUCCUCCUCCCCCUGUAUCUCAGUUUUCUUUCACCUCCGUCUCUGCCGCUCCGUUAGCCCCUAUAGGACCGUUUCUAUUGGCCAUUUUUUUUUUCUCUUUUCUCUUUGGGCUGCCCCGCCCCCUUAAUCAACCCAACUAACAGUAAAGGUUAUAUUAACGUUGAUAAUCAGUUUCUGUAUGUAUCUAGCCAGAGUGGAUUAAAAAAAAUCAGAAAAAAAAUCAAAACUGUUUUAUUCAAUUGUGCAAAAUGUGUUUUUUCUUACUAUUUUUAAUGUUAUUACAUCUUCUAAUCUAAUCCUUCUACCAUCGCUUCAGUUAGUACUGAAAUACGCUUAGCCAACCUAGAGAUUUGAACUGUAACAAUCGCCAUUUUCCUUACCUGUAUUUUAUAUGGCAUCUGUAGACCACUUCACCGUUUUAUUAUUGUACGUAAGUAAAUAUUGCCCGUUUUUUCGGAUUGAAAAUCGUCGUCUGCACUAUGUUCGAUUCUCAUAUUAUCCCCGAUAACGAGUUUUCGCUCUUCGUUGUUAAUCAAAGCUCAACUCUGCGCCCUUGCACAAAGCAGCGAAACAUCUCUUGUGAACACCUGAGAACCAAAGUACACCUAGCAUCCCCGUCUACUCCCAUUGAAGCCCCUCUAUAGCCCCUCCCCCAACCAA